AUGCCUAGAAAGCAAGACCCAGAUGAGGAGUCGGAGGAAGAGGGCUCUGUGGAAGUGGAAGUCAAGCCGACAAAGAAGCGCAAGUCUGAGUCCAAGCCCGAGUCGAGCAAGAAGACCCCAAAGACCGCUGCGAAGCCUGAAGCCACAAAGGCUGGUGGAGCCGAUAUCGGGACCAAGCAGGUCAACGACGAAGGGAAGCCGUACAUGAACCUGUCGGAGUAUAAGCGAGUCACUAUCAAUGAAUUCAAAGGCGCAAAGUUGGUCGAUAUCCGCGAGGUGUACAAGGACAAGGCGAGCGGGGAUAUGAAGCCUGGAAAGAAGGGCAUCAGCUUGACUCUUGGCCAGUGGAAAGUUCUCAAGUCGAACAUAGACUCGAUAGACGAGAUGUUCGGCGACGAAUAG